UUGCUCAAGGUAAGGUAAGAGGAACCUGGGAUGAAGGUGCACCUUAGAUGUGGAGGGAUGCAAAAUCGUGGUGUCGGAGCAAAGGAAGAAUUAGAGCAAAACGAAGAAAGGCAUUUCUUCACGACAAGAUACCUCUCACUGUUAACAAACCUCACAAACCCAGACGCGUUACCAUAGCGACCGCGUCUGGACUGGAGGCCCGGCCUUGCAGUUUAGUGCACCACCAACUAGGGCGCGACUGGAAACGCACUCCCGCUGUACUCCGACUUCCGGCGGAAAAGAAAGUGGGUUCCGCGCUCCGUCGUCCGGCUGCCGCAGCAAGUGGACUCCUGCUCCAGUGUGAAGCGCGGUAGGUCUGACGCUGUGUGGAGCCAGGGGACGGCAUCAGCAGGGACAGCCUCGACUGGGUGGACGUCUGCGUGUGGACGCCGCCGGUCCCCAGGCUGCGGCUGCUUCUGGGUCAUCAGAGAAGGCUCCUUUCUAGUUCAAAGGGCGCUGAUGGCUUUUGAGCAGACACUCAAAAAGGAUUGGUACAGCAUUCUGGGUGCAGAUCCAUCUGCAGAUGUGUCAGACCUAAAACAAAAGUAUCAGAAACUCAUAUUACUGUAUCAUCCAGAUAAACAAAGUACAGAUGUGCCAGCCGGAACCAUGCAGGAGUGUAUGCAGAAGUUUAUUGAAAUUGAUCAGGCAUGGAAAAUUCUAGGGAAUGAAGAAACCAAGAAAAAGUAUGACCUGCAGCGGCAUGAAGAUGAGCUAAGAAAUGUGGGGCCAGUAGAUGCACAGGUGCGCCUUGAAGAGAUGUCCUGGAACCAAGAUGAUGAGUCUUUCUCCCUGAGCUGUCGAUGUGGUGGGAAAUACACUGUCUACAAGGAUGAAGCCCAAGAAGCAAACCUCAUCUCCUGUGAUACGUGCUCACUGAUGGUGGAGCUCCUUCCUCAGAGCUGAGCUGUGUCUUCCGUCGUGGGAUCCUUUACUACAAGGACACAGAUGCUUUCUCCUUAUUAGCUGUAAACUUUGUGAAGAUAAGAUGAAGUCUUCAAGCAAAGACCACUUCAGAUUAGCAAAUUAAUUCAGUUUUUUAUAUGUAUCUAAAAAUGUAAAUUAUAGGAUAUUACAAAAAGGAUAAAUAAUAUUUAAAAAAACUUUUUUAUAUUUUUUAAUUUUUAGCUAACAACUUUUGUUUUCUCUUUGGUACAAACUAAUUUCCUUUUUGAAGUAUAAAUAUCUUUUUCAAAAAUCA